AUGUCCUCGCUCGACCUUACCCGCGACUGGCUCAAGACGGUGCUGCGGCCAUACCCCUCGCGCGACCAUGUGUUGGAAGAGGUGAUGGGUAUCCUGCAAUCUGUUCGGUCGCUGGCCGUCAAGACGGAUGCGUUUACCUUUGACUCGGGCCACACUGCCCUUCUUCUCCUCCUGCACGGCACCCUCCCCAUCACUUACAAGGGCGCGACAUACCACAUCCCCAUCCACAUCUGGCUUCCACACGAGUACCCGCGCGCGCCGCCCAUGGCCUUUGUCGUCCCCACAAAGGAGAUGGGGGUGCGGACCGGCCGCGAAGUGGAGCCUGGUGGGCGCGUGCGGGAAGAUGUGGUGGGCCAGUGGUGGGCCUCGUGGGGCAGUACGAGCCAGCGCGACCUGCGCAACCUCGUUGGCAAGCUGACAGACAUCUUCUCGGCCGUGCCGCCAGUCUACGCCAAGCCGCCAGAGCAAGUACACGCUCAGGCCCCAGCAGGCUCCCAUGGUCGUUCUGCGUCGGGAUCGGGUUCUGGGUCAGUGGUUGCUGCUGGUAGCACAGGUCCCGGCGCCGGCGCAGCGCCCACGCCAGCAGGCCCCUCUGGCGGCCCAGCACCGCCUGCCAGGCCGUACCACCCGUCUCCCAACGGCGAGAUGCUGCCCCAGUACCGCGCCGCACCGACUCCGCCACCUGCAAUGUCGCCCCAGCCGCAGCAGGUGCGGGUGCAGUCGCAUCCCUCGUCACGCCAGUCGUCGGUGUCGUUCCCUGCUGGCCAACCACCUUAUGCCCAGCCUCAGCCUCCCCCACCACAGUCGGCAGCGUCCACUUCCCCGACCCCAGGCGACCCCGCUGCUCCGCCAGUGCCACUGCGGCCAACCCAGCAGCCACCAGUUCCCCAGCGGCCUAUGCCGCCCAUGGGUAUGGGCAUGGGCAUGCGGACGCAGAGCCCGCAGAUCUCCAGCCCGACGAGCAGCUCGGGACACGCGCCGGCGCCGUGGCACGCUGGUCCAGGACCGCAGGGGUAUCAGCCGCCUCCGGCGCCAGGAGUGUACCAGCAGCCGCCUUAUCAGCAGCAGCCUCCUGUCCAGCCUAGUUACCAGCCUGGAUACCAGCCUGUUCAACAACCACAGCAAGCGUACCAGCCGCCUCAGCAAAGUGCAUACCCGCAACAACAACCACAGCAGCAGCAGCAGCAGCAGCAGCCAGCGCAACCUCAGUGGACUGGGCAGCCGGCUCCAACACCGGGCCAGGCUCCUGGAACGUACGCUCCAGCACCGGCAGCUGGCGUUGCAGUAGCUGGCGCAGCAGCUGCCAUUCGCUCUGUCGAUCUCAUGUCCUCGCCCGAGGACGGCAUCUCUACCCUGCCUGGCGAGGCCGACGCCCCGCCUCCUCUCCCACCGUCCAAACCCCCCGCCCCGUCCCUCCUCCACCUGCACGCCAUCCUCCUGCCGCACCUGACAGCCUCGUUGCCGCCCAUCAUGCACCAGCUGGAAUCUACCAAGACGCAGCUCAUCGAGCGGCGCGAGGACCUUGCCACGGGCGAGCCUGCGAUUCGGGACGAGAUGGCGCGCCUCGAGGCCGUCAAGAACGUGUGCGACGCCGUCGGCGGCCGCCUCCAGGCCGUAGUGUCCAAGGGGGACGAGCGCGUGUCCGACCUCGAGUCGCGCGGCGACGUGAGCGUCGACGAGGUCGUGUGCAGCAUCUCCAUUGUGCACAACCAGCUCAUCGACCUGGUGGCCGAGGACAAUGCGCUGUCAGACACCAUCUACCACGUCACGCGCGCGCUGGACGCCGAGCGCAUCGACCUCGACAGGUACCUCAAGGCCGUGCGCAGCCUCGCACGCGAGCAGUACAUGAAGCGCGCGCUGAUCGAGAGGAUCCUGAAUGGCAUGGGCCAAAGCGCGUGGUAG